GUACUCGAGAGAACGAUUUCAGCGCCCCGUGAACCUAUCUCUCUUUUCAUUAAAAGCGGACCUGCGCUUACGUUCUGCACUGAACUACAUAACGCAGUCUCUUGCCAUCUCCUCCUGACUCUCUCUCUCUCCUCUCUUUCUAUCUCUUUUCCUCUCCCACGAAAAUAUAUAGCACGAGCGCGCAUACAUCUGCAAUACUAUACACAGUCACACGUAGUAUACAUAUAUAUAUUCUCCCCUGCUUUGCGUUGUCGAAAACUCUCGAUCGUUGAGCUCAACCUCGUCAGAGACGUUUCUCGUCGCGAUCCCAAUGUAUACAAGCGAAACCUCCUAGCGGUCAAAUAAAUUUUGUGUGCGGUCUUUUGCGGACCCUCGAAAGAAGUUUUGUUUCAACGAGAGUGAAAAGCAGUUACUACUGUGCUCGAGUGUGCACGUUUUGACCCGCGCGGGUAUCAACCAGUGUUAAUUUUUAGGACUUUGCGGACGUGAAUAACCCCGUUUGGCAGGGAUUAUACGUAAACACAAUGGCCCAUACUAUUCUAUUGGUUCAACCUGCAAAUAGGCCAGAAACCAGAACUUACUCUGAUUAUGAGAGUGUCAAUGAGUGCAUGGAAGGGGUGUGUAAAAUAUAUGAAGAAUAUUUAAAAAGACAGAAUCCCAACACGCCAACAAUCACGUAUGACAUCAAACAACUGUUUGACUUUCUGGAUGAUUUGACAGAUCUCUCAUGUUUAGUUUAUCAAAAAUCAACAAAUACGUAUGCACCAUACAACAAAAACUGGAUCAAGGAUAAAAUUCAUGUUUUGCUACGCAGAGCUGCUGAGAUUAUAUAAAGUAAUAUUAAGCUAAAAAUGAUUAGAUUGAUUUUUUUAAAUUACUUUUUGACUUAAGGUAUUUCUAUUUAAUCAUUUAUAAUACAUGUAAAAUAUAAGCAUGAUCCAAUCAAUACAAGAAUUAAGUAUUUAAUUUCUUUUGACUGUGAAGUCUGUGCAUAAUUUAACGAAUCAUAAGGACUAUUUAUACCUUUUAUAGAAAUAAACAUAUAUACAUGAUAAUAAAUUGAUGAUAUUAAUACAGCAUAAAAAUUUGGAAGUAAUUUUUAAAUGUUCUUUGGAAAAUGCCAUAAAGUUGAAUGUCAAAGUUACAGAUUUAAUAAUUUACUUUAAGUACCGGACCUCUGCGUUAUUACUAAACAUAAGUCCAGUGCAUUCCACGAGUCAAUAACUUUUUGAUGUUUUACGUUUAUUAUUAUUAUAAUUAUUGUCAUUUCAAUGAUAUAAUCUUGAAUGGUAGCUGUGAUUAACCCAAUGAGUUGAAAAAUAUAUGUGACACCUCAAAAUUGCAUCAUGAAAAUUCUUGUUAUUCUAUUACUUAAUGAAGCAAAUUUUCUUUAUCACUCGUGGGCAUUUUGAAAAAAGUUUAAUUCAUGUUUAAUCAUUUUUUUUUUUAGUGUUAAUGUAUGAAACUAUCAUACUGUAUAUACAGUCGAGUGCACAUGAUAUUUUGAAUGAAAAUAAAGUAUGACCUAGUAUAUUUGAUUGAAUUUCUCUUAUUUUUGUUCAGAACAUGUUGUAAUGACUAUUUUAUUAGAUAGAUGUACACAAUCAAUUUUUAAAAAUGAACUUAAUAAACCUACUAACUGCAUUUAA